AUGCUGCAUCUGCGGGAAGAUUCGUGCGGCUGCUACCGGUGGAUCGUCGAUGUAAUCUACGACGCGUGCGUCAAGAUGUGCAAAACUUUUGACAAGCAUUAUGAAAUCCUUAGCAAAAUUCUUGCUCUGAGUGGAUUUGGUUGGGACAAUGAGAAGAACGUACUGUCCAUUGAUAGUGAUGAUGUAUGGAACAGAUACGUGGAGGCUAAUGAAAAAGCAGCUAUUUACAAGAACAAAGUAGUGCACAAUUGGGAUGACAUCUGCACCAUAUACUCAAAAGAUCAUGCCACUGGUGAAGGUGCUAGGACAGGAGCUGAGAUUGCUGCAGAUCCGCAACCAGAAGACAAAGAAAUCUCUCCGGAAUAUGUUGAACCAGCUCCAAAGAAGCAGCGGGCGUGUGACGCAAUUCUAUCCAUGAUUGGAGAGCUGAAGACAUCAUUCAAUGAUGCUUUGAAGACAACUGAGCCAUUACCCAUGCCACAGAUUACUCCUCCUGCUGAUAUCCUUGCCGCACUUGAUAAGAUACCAGAUUUUUCUCAGAGUGACAAGCUGCGAGCAUAUGGUAAGUUGAUCCUUAGUGAACGCUUAUUCCAAGCACUUAUGGAGCUCCCCAUGGCCUUCAGGAAGGAAUGGUUGUUGAUGCUGAAUUAG